AUGCCCGCGCGCUCAGGACGCCUCCUCCCGCCCGCGGCCCCCGCCGCGCUGCUGCUGCUGCUGCUGCUGGACCAUGGCGGCCGCUGGGGCGCCCGGGCGCAGGAGGCGGCGGCCGACGGCGAGCACCGGGAGGACCCUCACUCCAAGCACCUGUACACGGCCGACAUGUUCACGCACGGGAUCCAGAGCGCCGCGCACUUCGUCAUGUUCUUCGCGCCCUGGUGCGGGCACUGCCAGCGACUGCAGCCAACUUGGAAUGAGCUGGGAGACAAGUACAACAGCAUGGAAGAUGCCAAGGUGUUUGUGGCCAAAGUGGACUGCACAGCCGACUCAGAAGUGUGCUCAGCCCAGGGCGUGCGUGGCUACCCCACCCUUAAGUUUUUCAAACCUGGCCAAGAAGCUGUGAAGUACCAGGGCCCUCGGGACUUCCAAGCCCUGGAGAACUGGAUGCUGCAGACGCUGAGGGAUGAGCCUGCGACGCCAGCGCCACAGGUGGAACCGGCCCAGGCUCCCGAGCUCAAGCAGGGGCUGUAUGAACUGGCGGCGAACAACUUCGAGCAGCAUGUCGCACAAGGUGACCACUUUAUCAAGUUCUUCGCGCCGUGGUGUGGUCACUGCAAAGCGCUAGCCCCAACUUGGGAGCAGCUGGCCCUGGGCCUUGAGCACUCUGAAACUGUCAAGAUUGGCAAGGUGGACUGCACACAGCACCACGAACUCUGCUCAGGAAACCAGGUCCGCGGCUACCCGACCCUGCUCUGGUUCCGGGAUGGGAAGAAGGUCGAUCAGUACAAGGGCAAGCGGGAUUUGGAGUCACUGAAGAGCUAUGUGGCAUCGCAGCUGCAGAGACCAGAGGCUGCUGCACCGGAAUCCAGCAAGCCCACUGAGGCCCCUGGGCUGGCCGCCCAGCCUGCAGCUGAUACGGGCGCCGUGCUGGCACUCACCCAGAAGAAUUUCGACGAGGCUGUUGCAGAAGGAAUCACCUUCGUCAAGUUUUACGCCCCGUGGUGUGGCCACUGUAAGAACCUGGCUCCCACCUGGGAGGAGCUCUCUAGGAAGGAAUUUCCAGGUUUGGCAGAGGUCAAGAUCGCCAAAGUGGACUGCACGGCUGAGCGGGAGAUCUGCAGCAAAUACUCGGUGCGAGGCUAUCCCACACUGUUGCUUUUCCGUGGAGGGAAGAAAGUCAGUGAGCACAGCGGCGGGAGGGACCUGGAGGCCCUGCACCGCUUCGUCCUGCGCCAGGCCAAAGACGAGCUUUAGAGGUGCGCUGGGAGGCCACCCGGCUCCCUGACCGAGGGCAGGAGCAGCGGCACUUCCAAGGGGCUCUGGGGCAAGCUGAGCGCACUGAACUGGUGCUUCUCAUUGGCGUGUGUGUCCUCUAAGCACGCACACUCUGCAUCUGAUGCAGUUUCUCUAAGCAAUGUGUAAAUGGUAACUGUGCAAACUCCAGGGUCCUCGGUGGCAGCACAGCCACACUCACCUUCUCUGGAAGGAAUUAAACAAUAUUCCUGUGAGACUAAAAAUCAAAUUACUGGACCAUUCUGGUUCCUGAGUUCAUGGAAGGCAUCCAGCAGAGCAGGGUGUGGGAAUGGCUCAAGUCCUGGAAAGGUGGCCUGUGACAGGUCCUCUGAGGUGAAGGUCAACACCAGCUCACUAACCACGUGGUUGGUGUGCAGCUCAGAGCAGACGGACAAGCCACCACGGGACCUGCUGCUUAAUGUUUGUCUUACCGUGAAAGGCGAGCCCGGGGAAGGCAGCGGGACUUCUGACGCGUGUCUGAGUACCAACACUGCUGGAGUUCUCUGUGCACGCUCACUGCUGCCUGUCAGGUCAGUUAGCAGUGUCGCCACGAAGCUCCAGCCCACGUAACCCUUGAGGGCUGAUGUCUUGAGCAGGAAGCGUGGCUGCUGGAGUUCCGUGCGGCUUGACCAGACCAGUUCCCCAGGAGUCGGCUUGUGUUUACCGCCGGGGCUGCUCUCCUCAUUCCCUAGGCCUGGUUUCCAGGCAAGCCCCAACUUAGAAACCACUUCCAGUCGUCUCCCCGUCCCUCCCAGCUGUCCUGGCAUCCCUUGCAGGAGCUCAGCAUUCCCUUGAACUCAAGACCAAAGACUGAAGUGGGCAGGGCUCUUCCAGUCGGCUGUAGGUGCACAUAGCUGCAGAUGUCCUCAGUAAACGGUUACCCUCCUUCGCUCCCCGCUCCCAGCGUGCAGAAGGAAAUGGUAGGACUUAGCUCCCUGGAGGUACUGACCUGCCCUUCGUCAAGGUCAUGGCCCAUGGCAGCAGGUAACAGCAGCGUGACCCGGCCUCUGCUCUACAGGGGAUCUUCACUGAUCAUGCAUA